AUGACUACUACUGAAAAUCCAUCAAGAAAGAGAACAUAUCAAGAGUCAAAUGAAAUAGUUGUUGAAGAGCGUCCAAACGAUAGAAUAUCAACAAUCAACAUUGAUGGUAUCGAUUUCGAUGAUCGAAAUUCAUUGAUAAACUUUAAUAGAGUUUAUCAUCUUUAUUAUCAAUGUUUGGAGAGUAGAGAUGAUCAGAUGAGAUCACAAUGUGUUAGGUUCUUUGUUGAUUAUCACCAACACAAGUUUUUACAUUAUAUCGAUGUUCAAGGUUAUACCAAGUUCAUUGUAGAUCUAUUCUUUGAUCCUUCAUUAGAUGUCAUCAGCAACAUGUCAUCGUUCGGUCAUAGUGAUCAUAAAACAUUAGUAGAAAACAUAUACAACAAAAUAAGAUAUGAUAAAAGAAAAUUAAAUGAUGACAGUGAUCAAUUAGCAAAGAGAAUAGAUGUCUAUAAAGAAUGUUUUUUUUCCAAAGCUAUUCAAAAGAAACACUUGUAUUUCGAUUAUAAUAGCUUCCACUACUCAAUCACACACCAAGAAGAAGAAGAAGAAGAUAACGACAAUAUCAAUGAGAAUGAAGAUGGAGUUUCAAAUACAAUAGUGAAUCAAGAGAAAGAUAUAAAGUUAGAGAUUAACGAUUUAACCAAAGAAAAAGAAGGAUAUCACCAUGCAAUUAGUUCUACCAUGAUCGAAGAGGUGUUUACUUUCACUCUAUCGGAUAUAUUGGUGGAAAUAAUCAUUUCAUUUUCAUUGAAAGGAGAUAGUCUACAUAUAUUUGUGGAGAAUACCAGAAUUAGAAUUCUAGAUUACAGCGACAUCAAGUGUAUCUUUAAUAUUGCAUUGGUGUCGAAACAAUUCUUUAGAGUUGCAUCAAAGAAGAUUAACAAUAGUUAUCACAAUUUAUAUGGUCAUAUCAAUGUUGAUAAUGAAUAUUCAUUAAUCAAAUCACCACCAUUGUAUUUUGAUUAUGAAUCUAUCAAGUUCAUUAGAUACGAUGAGAGUACAGUGAGAAUCACUCAGUUAUUUUCAAGGGUCGAGAUCUUUAAACUCUCAUCAGAUGAAUACGAUAGUAGAAUCAAUGAUGGUGUCUUUAGAAGAUACUUAUAUGAUGAUUUCUUUGGUCGUGACACCGAACAUUUCUAUCGAAAUUCGAUUUCAAGAAAUGAUUACUUGACAUACCUUCCACCAAUGCCAAAUCUUAAACACUUCACCAUCGAUACUUACUUUGGAUACAAACGUAACUACAGUUCAUUUCUAAUAUCGAUCUUUGAGAAUACACCGAAUGUAGAUGGACAUGGUAUCGAAUCAUUCUAUAUCAGUAUCUACAAAGAUUGGAAUGGCAGUCCAGAUUACAGUAACUUGGAUUUCUUGCAACCGCUGUUAUCAUUACACUCAAAGACAUUGAAAUCAGUCACACUUGAUUAUCGUCGUUUAUGUGGUAAAUAUGCAUAUGAAUUUCUUCCGAUAUUGAAAGAGAUGCUUCCAACAAUCAAACAAUACAAUUACUCUUUCAUUCUUUAUGGUAGUUUUUACAAUUUGAAAUCAGCAUGUAAAGAUGAUGAAGAUCUAGAAGUUUAUCGAUAUUUACUCAAUCAAAAAGUUAUUUUAAAUAAAUUUGAUAGUAGAAAUGAUGAUAUUGAUAAAAAUGACCUAGAAUAUAUUCAAGAAACAAAGAAUAAAUAA